AUGAACACUUGCGUUACGGUCAGUUGUGAUGAGCCCUCAGACGCUCAGAAAAAGAAGUUCCUAAAGACAUUGAAAGUAUCAUUCACUACUUCUCAAGCUGCUCAAGCUGGUAAGGGAGUAUCAAUUGUAUUUUCACCAGGUGAAAUCGCUGCUUCACUAAAUACGCUCUUACGGGCAUGGCCUUGGUUGAAAGAGAAUAUAUGGCCAGUUAUUAAGCCAUUUGUAUCGGGAGCUGUUGAUACAGGCGCUCAAGCCCUAGGAGCAUAUACUUGGCAUCCAGCUUUAGUUAAUGCUGCUCGAUCGCCUGAGAUGAAAGCUAAGAUGGCUAAACUACGUUUUAUGCGAAAGAGUGGAGGAAGUUUUAAAUUAUAA